ACGACAAAGGGGAUUUUCUGCCAUCAUCUGUUCCAAAUUACGGUGGCUUCAGGGAGCUCUUUGGCCAGUUUCCACCACAGCCCGCCAGCUCCCAAACCCGUGCAACUGGGAGGUGGGGCCUCGUGGUGGUAGUGGCCGGGGCACGGUGCAUCACUCUCAGAGGACCUGGGUGAAGGGACGGUGCAGCCACCACUCUCUGCUCCUGCUCUGCCGGGGACGGGCUGCCCCUUGGUGAGUAGCCGGUCCCCACCGGGCGCUCCAGGGACAGCUUCAGCGGGACCGGGGCGGGUGAGAGCAAGGAUCACCCGCUCUCCCUGAAUCUCCUGAAUUUCAUCUGCUGCUAAGAAAAGGGAGUCUGUGCUGGGGCUGGGAGCUGGAGUGGUGCUUUCAGGUGUCACCCAGCCAGGAGCGGUGGAGACGGGUGUUUCACAAUGCUUUUGCCCCCCACAUCGAGCUGUGGCUGCGCAGGGAUGGGCGCUGGCAUCGUGAGCUGCAGAGCUGCCUGCAGAUGUCUGGGAGGGGGAUGCUGACCGCAGCUGGGCAGCUCGCUGCAUCCCUACCUGCAGCUCCUCUCUCUGCUCCUGUCCUGCCUUCUUACCCCUUCUCAGCCAGCAUCUCUCAGCCUGGCCCUCAUGCACAUCUAUGAGCAUCCUGGUUGCUCUGACUUUGCUUUACAGCUCUGCCAGUGCCUUUUAUCCUGCUUUGUACUGUAGCUCCUCCAAACUAGAUGCCUCUCAACUAAUUUUUUGCAUCUUUGGGUGUUAAGACACACUAGCGGGGGAGGGCUGUGUGGAGUCAUUAGUCUUACAGCUUAACUGGUAAAAAGUCAAGCAUUAGGCAAUGCCGCAUCCAUUGUACCCAGGGGAGGUGUGUGUCUCAGCCCAGCUCCCAGCACCACUGUGCUCGGGGGGAGCGCAGGAGUGAGUGGGGGGAGCCUGAGGCCAGCCCUGCCUUUGCAGCGGGGUCUGCGGCUCCCAACUUUGCUUUGCAGGUGGAUGUGUCACGAUGACAGUGAAGAAGAAUCAGACUCUGCAGAAUGGAAGUGCCAAGGAGAACGUGCUGCAGAGGGUCCUGCAGCUGCCGGUGGUGAGCUCGACCUGCGAAAGCCUCCAGCGCACUUACGCCAGCACCAAGGAGGCCCACCCGCUCAUGGCCUCGGUGUGCGAGGUCUACGAGCGGGGCGUGCAGGGUGCCAGCGCCUUGGCCAUGUGGAGCGUGCAGCCCGUGGUGCGCAGGCUGGAGCCUCAGUUUGCUGUGGCUAACGACCUGGCAUGCCGGGGCUUGGACCACCUGGAGGAGAAGAUCCCUGCCCUCCAGUACCCUGUCGACAAGCUUGCAUCUGAACUGAAGGGCACCAUCUCCUCCCCCCUCCAAAGUGCCAAAAGCACCAUUGGCAACUCCGUGGAUAAGAUCAUAGAGCUGGCAGCAGAGGGCUACGAGGCCACCAAGAGCACGGUGGAAACGACGGCAAGGUACACGAGGAGGAACUCGGUGAGCCAGAUGGCAGCCGCGGGGGUCGACACAGCCCUGGGAGGGCUGGAGAAGCUGAUGGAGUACCUGCUGCCGGAGGAGGACGAAGAAGCAGAUCAGAAGCCCAAAGAGACACGUGAGUCAGCAGCAAAGGUCUCCCAGCAGCAGUCCAGCACUCCCAGUGCUCCCAGUACCCUGGGCCGGAUCGGCGCCUUGGUUGGUACCGUCUCCCACCGCGCUUACCAGCAAACCACCCAAAGCCUCCAGCGUGCCAAAGCCAAAGGGCAGGAGCUAGCCACCUGGAUCCCCAUCCUGGGCAACCUGGCCAAGCCGAGCGUACCCGAAGCGCCACGGGCCCACGGUGAUGGGCAGAGCACCGCGGCCGGCUGGUUGAGCCGGCGGCAGAGCAAGGUGCCAGAGCAGAAACAGGAGAAGGCGGGGAAGAAAGACGACAACCACACCAAGGCAGGGGACGACCCUGGGCUGGUUGGCAGCAUGGCUCACAACCUGCAAACUGCCUGCGCCUCCGGCAUCUCCAGCGUGAAGAAGGUCCCGGCCGUGGCCUGGGACGCGGCGGAGGGGUUGAUCCUCUUCACCCCCCGCAGGCUAUCCAAGGCCAUGGAGACGGUGGAUGCUCUCGGGGGGACCCUCGUCAGUGCCCCCAAGCAUCUGCUGGGCACCCUGUACAGCUACGUGCCGCUCCGCAGGCAGUCAGUGAAGGAAGAGGAGGCAGCUGCGGGCAGCAAGCCCAGCCCGGAGAAGGAGCAGAAGGAGGAGGAUCCCAAGCCCGCCGCCCCCUCCGCUGAGGAGAAAUCCCAGCUGAGGGGCGACUGGCGGCUGUACCGCGGCCAUCACCCCCUCUCCUUCCUGGGGCUCGAGGACCCCCUCUUCCUGCGGCACAACCUCUACCGCAGCCCUGCCUUCGAGCCUGAGUGCCCCCUCCCACGGAAAUCCGCCUUCGCCCCCUACAACAGGCGGGUGAGCGAGGGCUCCUACCGCUUCAGCCCUGAGGCCAUGUACAGCCGGGCUUACUACACCAACCUCUACAGUCCUGCCUUCAAGAAGGACUGAGCUGGUGGGCAGGAUGAGUGCAUCCCAGCCCCCCUCUAAUCCCCCCACAGCACGCUUUGCCCAGGCCCCCGUCAGCCGCCUGCACGCACCCCUGUACUAGGACAGGAGCUCAAAGUGGUAGACGUGCCAUGAGAUGUCUUCUUCUGGAGUGCAUCGGGGCCAGGAUGGGGGAAUAAAGGCAUCCAAAAGCCCUGCUGGUGGAAGGAGAAGGGAGGGGGAGGUGGGACCAGAGGGGACCAGAGAGGUAAAGGAGACGCGGAAACAACAGUGAGACCAGAAAAGAGAAAAAGGGACCAGCCAGGCCUGGCACUGGGCUACCCUGGUCCCUGUUGAGCAGAUAGCGUGGAUUUAGAUGGGCUACACAUUGAGAACAGUGCAGAGACAGAGCAGGUUGGACAGCAAAGCCAUCAAACAUCACCGUAGCAAGCCCGGUUCCCCAUCCUUCCUACGCUCCAUCCCCCCUUACAGGGCCCAUCCCUGGCCACAGAUUGCUCCUCCAUGGAGGAGCUGAAAGUCCCCACCGACCAGCAGGACUCAUGAGUGGAAAGCCCUGGGCACCCACCCCAGCUGAUGGUGGGAUGGAUGGUGGGGUCAGGAAGAAGACUGGUGAGAACAGGUGGAGCUCCUGGAGCCUCUCUCCCGCAGGACCGCCUGGCUUCCCGCAACACCUUGUUGUAUCCGCUGCAGUAAUAAACCUUCCCGACCUGCCGCUCA